AUGGACGCCUUCGACGGCGAAUCAGACCUAUCGGACGUUUCGGCUCCUCCAACGCCCGGUGCAGCCGCAACCCCACGCGCAGCCUCGCCCGGCCCUUCUUCACCAGCACCGGCGAACGACGCCUCACCAGCACCGCCAAAGGAUGCCUCACCACCGCCGUCCACCAGCACGCGGCGCUCGACACGGCGCGCCUCUGGACCAGCCAGUGCCGAGACGACGCCGGCAAAGGAGUUGCCCGCGAGGAAAGCGAGCAAGGCGGGUGGCUCCAAAGGCAAAGCUGCCGCACCGACCGACACGCCGCCUUCAUCACGCCGGGCGUCGGUGCGGGGCAAGCAACUCUCGCGCUCUCCUUCAGCGGAAGCGUCAGCCGGUGUCGCUCCGGCGUUGGCACGCCGAGCCUCGACGCGGGGCAAACCACAAUCGCGCUCCCCUUCCGCAGAUGCGCCGACCGCCAGUGCGCAGUCCAAGUCGCUGAAGGUCAAGCUGACCAAGCCCAAGAGCCGGGACGCGACGCCGCACGAGGAGAGCGCCACAUCAACCCCGGCUUCCUCGGGCAAAAAAGUGACGCUCAAAGCGAAUGGCAAGAAGAGAAGUGUUGCUGACCUGCGCGAGCUCGGCGAUGAAUCGGACGACGAGGAGGCGGCCCAGUCCGGGGAUGACUUCGUGCCCGAACAGGGUCCCGUGGACAAGAAGUAUGGCAAGCGCGACAGGCAGACGAGGAACAAAGCGCGGGCGACGAUCGCAGACGACGAAGAAGAGGAGGAACCGGUCAAGGUUCCACAGAGGAAACGGGCCAAGCUCGAGGAUUCGAAGCCGGACGAUGGCGGAAAGAGAAAGGCGAGGAGCGGUAAGGGCGCGAGGAGGACGGUCGACUACAGCAGUGACGAGGACGAGGCGAUGGUGGAUGCUGCGAGUGACGAGGACGACGAUUUGCCUAACGCUGCUGCCACUGGGACUGAUGACGAGUUUGAGGAGGACGUUGGGCCGGCAGCGGGGAAGAAGAGGAAGUCCGAUAGCGGGAAGAAGGCUGCUCCUCGCGCGGGUCCGUCUGCGAAGUCGACUGCAGGACCAGGUGGGAAGAAAGCAGCUACUUCCGCAUCCGCAGCAACAGCAUCGACUGCUGGGGCAAACAAGGCCAUGUCAUCGGAAGCACGUAUGAGAGCCUCGAUCGACGCUGCGCUGGACAAAAAAGCACCAUCUGCAGCGCCGACCAAGCUCAAUCCCCAGGCUUCCGCGUUCCGUCCGGGCGGCGCGCUCAAACCUGGCGCUCCCGCUGGCGGUGCAUCCACCCCGACUGGCGCCGGCAAGCCCACUUCCACCACCAGCACCGUCAAACGCCCUUCCGGCAAACCGGCAUUCGGCAAAUCCAUGUCGGGCUGGGACUCGCUCUUCGGUCCCCUUUCCGGUCUCUCCUCCCCCACCGCCAGCGGCAGCGCCAAACCGACACCACCGAAAGCAGCGCCACCCGUCUCAGCAACAGGUAUACGGCCUGAUCCCGUGCUCGAAGCCGCCUCCGCUGCAGACGUGCAACGGCUCAAAGGUGAGGCGGUGGAGGAGCAUCUCAACACGGACGAGUGCUUUGAUUUGCUAGCCCACGCGGAUAUCAUGUUGGCGUUCGAGCGCGGGCUGUACGUGGAGGAUCGGAAGCUGGCGAGUCGGCUGAGGCCAUUUGUUUGGCGUGCGGGGGGCGUCAUCCAUGGCAAGCAGACGUAG